AGCUAACGACAUCGUUUUAGAGGAAGCGUUAAUCACUGACUGAGCUUUGACCUCGGAAUUCGGCGAUUCUCGCAACCCAAACCUCCAUAUUCACCUUCCUUCUUCCUUCUCUCCCUCCACGGUUACGUCUCUCUGAUGGUCCUUCUGUUUUCUUCCGUCUACUACCCACUGCAUCAACACUAGUCUCCUUUUCACUGGAUCCUCCUAAUCCCAGAUCGAGGUCUUUUUCUUAGCGCUUUUUCUGUAGACUGGUUGACUAGGUUUUAGAUAGUGAUGUCGACCAACAACAAUAAUAAUCCUUCUAAGGGUAUUGGGGCUCCGUCGUCGUCGGCUUCCUUUGGAAAUUCGGCAAUGCCCUCCCCCGGAAACCCUGGUUUCUCACAAUCCCAAGCACAAGCACAGCUUGCUGCUGGUUUUCAAGGGCAGUUCCCAAUGUCCCAAGCACACGCCAUUGCUCAAGCUCAGUCCAAAGCAGCUCAAGCUCAUGCUGCCCAAGCAGCUGUUCAUGCUCAAUUCCAGGCUCACUUGCAGGCUCAGAGUUUGGCUUUAAAUCAAGGCCAGUCUGUUGGUUUGGGGAAUUUGGGGGUGUCAUCGCCGUCAGUGUCUACACCUGGCAAUAUGAGUGGUAAAAGGAUCCCAUUGAAACCCCCUAUUCGCCCUGUAGGGUAUUCUCCUCCAAACACAUUCUCGCCUCUAAGACCGAUGGAACUAACGCCUGCUGCUCGAAGGAAGAAACAGAAGGUCCCUGAGAAGCAACUUCAGGAUAAAGUAGCUGCUAUCUUGCCAGAGUCUGCUCUGUAUACUCAGCUUCUUGAGUUUGAGUCUCGGGUUGAUGCUGCGCUUGCUAGGAAGAAGGUUGACAUCCAGGAAGCGCUUAAAAAUCCACCUUGUAUUCAGAAGACUCUUCGCAUAUAUGUCUUCAACACUUUUAAUAAUCAAAUUCGCACAAUUCCUAAUAAGCCAAAUGCCGAGCCACCUACUUGGACAUUGAAGAUAGUUGGGAGGAUAUUGGAAGAUGGCGUAGACCCUGAUCAGCCUGGGGUAGUGCAGAAGUCGUCUCCGUUGUAUCCAAAGUUCUCAGCUUUCUUCAAGAGAGUAACGAUUUCUUUGGAUCAGAGACUGUAUCCCGAUAACCACAUUAUUCAGUGGGAGAAUUCUCGAUCUUCUGCUCCUCAGGAAGGUUUUGAAGUAAAGAGGAAAGGGGACAAGGAAUUUACGGCAACAAUACGGUUGGAAAUGAAUUAUGUCCCCGAGAAAUUUAAGCUUUCACCAGCAUUGACUGAGGUUCUUGGUAUUGAGGUUGAUACUCGUCCUAGAAUUAUUGCUGCAAUAUGGCAUUAUGUAAAGGCCAGGAAGUUGCAAAAUCCAAGUGAUCCUUCUUUCUUUCACUGUGAUCAGCCUCUGCAGAAAGUAUUUGGUGAAGAUAAGAUGAAAUUUACUAUGGUUUCACAGAAAAUAUCACACCAUUUGUUUCCUCCACAGCCUGUACUUUUGGAGCAUAAGAUCAAGCUCUCGGGAAAUUGUCCAACUGGAACUGCUUGUUAUGAUGUAACUGUUGAUGUUCCAUUUCCUAUUCAGAGGGAGUUGUCUGUACUAUUGGCCAAUGUGGAGAAGAACAAAGAGAUUGAGCUAUGUGAUGAAUCGAUAUGUGGGAUCAUUAGAAAAAUCCACGAGCACCGUAGGAGACGAGCAUUCUUUCUUCUGAUCUAUCUCUUGUCUAGUGUUUUGAAUGCAAAAGGUGCUUUUCCUUCUGUUCAUAAGCAAGUUAUCAAUCUUCAUGACAUUUUCCUUCCGCAAUGUGAAUACAAAAAGUUCAACAUGAUAUUUUACAUGCUGUUUGACAACUUGGACAGGGUCGAAGAUGCUGUUAUUAGGUAUUUGAAUCGCAAACCGGCAUCAGGGAGCGACGCACCAGGAAGCACAUGAUGCCAGCAGUAUCAGGUUUAAUUAAUCAUUCUUCCAUUUUGGCGACACAUGUGAAGAUGUAUUUUGGGAAUUUUCGAAGUAGCUAGCUUUCCAUGCAGCUGGAACCAAUGCUGCACCUUUUGUAAUGCAAUAUAUGUUGUAUGAGUCAGUCUGAGAACAAAUAGUUGCAGUGAUGCUAAUUGUCCUAUCAUGAAAAAAAUGGUAUCGUUCCCGAUUCACUGUUUGCAGUUCAGUUUGGUGGAAUGUUAUUUUUCUAAAAGCACCAA